AUGGGUUUAUACUGUCUUAUCCUUCAACUCAUUGUGGCUGACUUUGUGCUACUCAGUGCUUCGAUUGGACCAGAAAUUUGGACUACAAAUGCAAAAACCUGGGACUUUGGUAAAAGCACCUGUGUAACAUUUAGAGGACUCGGCGUAUUCGCUUCAACAGCAUCACUUUAUUUGGUCGUUACUAUAGCACUUCACACAUUAGCGACCAUUAAUCUAGAAGAAAAAGUCACGGCUCAAAAUAAGCGGAGUACUAUUAUAGAUGAUGAAUCGAGGUCUUCACGGCACAGCCUUGUGGCGAACAGUGAUACAUCAACCCCAACACGCUCUAUGAAUGUCGAUUAUAGACUCUCAACUAAUACCAAAGUACCUAUAAUACACCCAUCACUUUUUAUAUGGUUUUUAAGUGUGUCGCUCUGCAUUCCUGAAUUUGCAUUAUCCACCACAGUACCACUUGACCACGAUAUAAUUGUUUGUGGCUUAGUAGAUUCAGGCCACAGAUUCAACAUCUAUUCUAUGCUAGCAAUUUUUAACUUUUUUAUACCUACCUUUAUAAUGUCUAUCGCUGGUAUUUUGGUAGGUUUUAAAUUAAGUUCGAGGCAUUUUCGAAAGAAUGAUAAAGAAUCGGUGUCGGCUUUAAAAUAUUCUUUAAGUUUAAUUUUAGUCUAUUUCCUAAUGUGUUCACCACGCUCUCUCGUUUGUGUAUAUGAAAUAUAUUCAAAUAAUUAUAACGAUAGACUCAAAAACGAGAACAACUUAUUUUUAACGAUUAAUUUAAUAUGUAGCAGCGUAUAUUUAGUGUCAAUAUUAUUAAAACCCCUUUUGUGUAUUACAAUGCUACCUAGAAUUAGAAAUAAGUUUUCAUUGAAUUCAGGAAAUGUUGUAGAAGUAUAGAAAUUAUUAUAUUUUCCUGUGAGAAUAUAUGUUGUCUUCACGGCAAAUUAAACCUGUCCAAUAUAGUCUAGACAAACACGUUUUUACGUACGUUUCAUAGGCCUUUUAAGGCUGGCAAGUUAUUAACACUGACUCUUUAAUCCUACAAAUAUAAGUCAACAAAAACCUUUCAUAUAUUUAUCUUAUUUUCAUAUAAAAUAAUCAUUUAGAGGACUAUAUUUUUUGCUUCAUUGUCUAUGAAAUUGGCGGUUCCUAUUAGCUCUGAAUUCGAAAAUUGUAAUGCUCUUUAUAAGUUGGCUAGGAUUUUUUUUGUCGCGAGAUUGGAUGUCGAAAAACUUCCAACUUUGAUUGACCCUUG